AGUUCAAUACUAAUUGCUGUUAAAAAUGAUUUUUAAAUUUAUUGAUUAAAUAUAAAUUGCUUCUUUGCCAAAAGUAUUUUAUUGAAAAAUACUUUUGAAAAUAAGCUGACGUUAAAAGCUUGGCGAAUCACGCUAUUACUCUAUGAGUUGUCUUUCAAUUUUCCUAUUUCUCUAUGAGUUGUCUUUCUAUUUUCCUAUAUAUUACCAACAUGAUAUGUUAGUAUACAAGAUACAAUUAUUAAGCAAAAAAAAAAAAAAGAUUUAGUUUCUCGUGUUUGAGAAGAUGAGUAGUAUUACUAGUAGUUGUUAUUCUAAUUUGAUAUUGAAGAAGAAAGAAUCAAGAAUCAAUGUAGGAUUUCAUUUACAGUAUAAUGGACUUAGAGCUAUUGAAACUGUACAAAUGCCAGCAAGCUCUGUUGCUUAUAAGCCAAAAGCUGUAAAAUGUGGAAGAAUCAGGGCCAUGGCUUCUCCAGCUGUCUCAGCUCCUAAGAGAGAGACGGACCCGAAGAAAAGGAUUGUCAUAACCGGAAUGGGCCUUGUUUCAGUCUUUGGAAGUGAUAUCGAUAAUUUUUACAACAAACUUCUCGAGGGACAAAGUGGAAUCAGUUUAAUAGACAGAUUUGAUGCCUCAAGUUACACAGUUAGGUUCGCGGGACAGAUUCGUGAUUUCUCCUCUGAAGGCUACAUAGACGGAAAGAAUGAUCGUCGCUUGGAUGACUGCUGGAGAUAUUGUCUUGUUGCUGGGAAAAGGGCCCUCGAAGAUGCUAACCUUGGCCAACAAGUUCUUGAUACUAUGGACAAAACAAGGAUCGGUGUCUUGGUUGGGUCGAGCAUGGGGGGUUCAAAAGUUUUCACCGAUGCGGUGGAAGCCUUGGUGCAAAGAGGAUACAAGAAAAUUAAUCCAUUUUUCAUUCCUUACUCAAUCACUAACAUGGGAUCAGCAUUGUUGGCUAUAGACACUGGACUAAUGGGACCAACUUACUCUAUUUCAACGGCUUGUGCAACUGCCAAUUACUGCUUUUACGCAGCUGCAAAUCACAUUAGAAGAGGCGAAGCGGAUAUCAUGGUAGCAGGUGGAACGGACGCUUUUAUUUCGGCUAUUGGUGUUGGUGGUCUCAUAGCUUGUCGAGCCUUGUCUCAAAGAAAUGAUGAAUAUGAAAAGGCUUCAAGGCCAUGGGACAGGAAUCGUGAUGGAUUUGUCAUUGGUGAAGGCUCCGGUGUCCUGGUGAUGGAAAAUUUGGAGCAUGCCUUGAAAAGGGGUGCUCCUAUCAUAGCGGAAUACUUGGGAGGUGCUAUCACGUGUGAUGCUCAUCACAUAACCGAUCCUCGUGCUGAUGGACUUGGAGUUUCGUCUUGCAUAGUAAUGAGUUUGGUAGAUGCGGGAGUUUCCCCAGAAGAGGUGAACUAUAUAAAUGCUCAUGCAACAUCUACUCUUGCUGGAGAUUUGGCUGAGGUCAAUGCCAUCAAGAAGGUCUUCAAGGAUACCUCGGAAAUCAAAAUGAAUGGGACAAAGUCGAUGAUUGGUCAUGGACUCGGGGCUUCUGGUGGACUUGAAGCCAUUGCAACCAUCAAGGCGAUCACAACAGGAUGGCUUCAUCCAACCAUCAAUCAAUAUAACUUAGAACAUGAGGUUACAAUUGACACUGUUCCAAAUGUGAAGAAACAACAUGAAGUGAACGUCGGUAUCUCCAAUUCAUUCGGAUUCGGAGGGCAUAAUUCUGUGGUUGUUUUUGCACCCUACAAACCUUGAACAAAAGCUCAUAAUUUUCUUAAAGAUCCACCGCACCCCAGGAGGAUCAACAGUGUUCUCUAUCACUAACCCUCCAGCGUUGACUUGAACCCUCAACAUACAAUCGGUGCUAGAAGUGCUCAACCACUCGAGCAAGCUUCACUUGUAUCAAAUUAUAUAAUUCAAAUCUUAGAGAGUUUGUCUAUUUUUCCCACAGCAAAUGCCAGAUUUAUGAAUAAGGAAUUGUUCCAUCAAUAAACUUCUCAAUUACAAUCA